AUGGCUACAAGCAGCACCACUGCUGUCCCCAUGUCAAAUGAGACAGACCGUCAAGCUUUGCUUGCUAUCAAGGAUUUGGUGCAAGGAGAUGCUUUUCCUGUUUUCCGCUCCUGGAAUCAUUCCGUCCACUUCUGCAAGUGGGACAGAGUUACAUGCGGUCGAAACCUUACCUUCCUCAGAGCGAUUGAUCUCAGCAACAACUUCCAUGGCAUCAUCCCGAAAGAAAUCGUAAGGUUGUAUCGCCUACAACAACUUUUUCUUGCAAAUAAUUCCUUUGAAGGCAAAUUACCUACCAAUAUGACUCGUUGGUCAAACAUCAAGGAAAUGGAUCUAAUGAAUAACAACCUAGGAGGCGAAAUGCCUGUUGUGGUGAGCUCUCUGUCAAGUCUCACACGAUUGGGUCUUGGUCUAAACAAUUUCAGAGGAUUGAUACCGGCCUCGUUCGGAAAUCUCUCUGAGCUGUCUGCGCUUUCUUUGUCGGACAACAAGCUAGUCGGAAGCAUUCCUUUCGAACUUGGACGACUUUCCAAAUUACAUUUUCUUCAGCUGUCUUCGAACAACUUGACUGGUAUGAUUCCUCCCCAGCUUUACAACAUGUCGUCACUCAGAUUUGUUUCUCUAGUCGCGAACCAAUUGCAUGGAAGCCUUUCCCCAGAUUUCGGUUUGGCUCUUCCAAAGCUACAAGAAGUUUAUAUUGGUUCUAACCAUUUCAAUGGGCCUAUUCCGUCAUCAAUAGGCAAUGCUUCUAGAAUAGUCAAACUCGAUAUUACAAAUAAUACAAUUAACGGGCCCACACCAAAAAGUCUGGGAAACCUUAAAGAUCUUGAAUUUUUUGGGGCAGCUAUGAAUCAACUUGAAACUAAUAGAGGGAAUGAAUUGAGUAACGUUAUGAAUACGCUUUCCAACUGUUCCAAUCUACGAAGGUUUAGUUUAGCAACAAAUAACUUUAGUGGUUUGUUGCCCCAUUCCAUCGCAAAUCUCUCAAAAUUUUUAAGUCAAUUGCAUCUUCAAGAGAACUACAUAUCUGGAAGCAUACCUGUUGGGAUUGCGAACCUUCUGAACUUACAGGGUAUCAUAGUAUUUGGGAACAUGCUUAGCGGCAGUAUUCCUGAAUCCAUUGGUAAACUCACCAAGUUGGAACAAAUUUAUAUGUAUGCAAAUGACAUCUCAGGAAAAAUCCCAUCCUCCAUUGGAAACCUGAGCCAGCUAAGCAUCCUUGCCCUUGCUGAAAAUAGGCUAGAGGAAAGGAUACCUGAUUCCUUGGGAAAUUGUAAACGUCUUCUAGCGAUUGAUUUCGGUUCCAAUAACCUCACCGGAACAAUAACUGGACAAAUCUUUAGGCUUUCAUCCCUAUCUAUUGGUCUUUUUCUCGGUGGUAAUCAGUUAACAGGACCGAUACCAACGAUAGGUAACUUGAGAAAUCUUGAACAGCUGGACAUAUCAGAUAAUAAAUUAUCAGGAGGAAUCCCAGCAUCUCUUAGCAGUUUCCAAGUGUUGGAAUCCCUUUCUCUCGCUGGAAAUCAUUCCGAAGGUACUAUUCCUGAAUCCCUAAGUCAACUGAAAGGUAUUCAAUUCCUAGAUCUAUCUCGCAAUAACUUGUCCGGACAAAUUCCCAAGUUUUUAGGAGAGUUGAAUUCACUUCAAAGUCUCAACCUCUCAUACAAUAUGUUCGAAGGUGAGAUUCCAAUUGACGGAUUGUUCAAGAAUGCUAGUGCCUUUUCAGUUGUCGGAAAUAGCAAGCUGUGCGGAGGGGUUGAAGAACUGCAACUUCCUGCAUGUCCAGCCAAAGUGAGGGAAAGUAUGGUCUUGUUUACAAAGGGAUUCUCAACUCUACUGGAGAAACAAUUGCUGUGA